AAAACCUGCAAAAACUAAAAAAAAAGUCUGAAAAAAAAUCUGAAGUGAUCGCUAUUGAUUCAGAAGAUUCGAAUGAAAGUGAUUUUAAAGAAAUUUCAGAAGCUAAUAAACUUGAAUAUCAAGAGCAAUGUUUAGCACUAAAGGAACAUGAGUUGGAUUUAAGAGAACGUGAAGCAAAGAUUCAUUUAAUUGAAUUAGCAAACCUUGAAAAAGAACAAAAAUUGAAAUCUGCAAAUUAA